AUGACUCUGACUCAAAACUGUCGGCGAACACUUUCAAGGUUUGCUGGCAAAAGAAACAUCAAGUUCCCGCUGCUGUUCGGGGUCGAUACUGUGCAAUUCAGGAAGUACUCGACGGCCGCCGAGAGAAGCCGGAAACAAAGUGAGGCAUCUCAGCGCUCUGUGCGGCUUGACUGGCUGCGCCAGGGUCAUACAGGGCACUUGGAGGACUUCACCUCCGCCUUGCGAGAAGAGUUGCAGAACAUACAGGAUGAGGAGGCUGCAGAGGCGGAGCCAGAAGCAGGUCAAGAUGGCAAUGCAGAAAUGGAUGAGAUGGACUGA